AUGGAUCUCUCUAGCCUCGUUGAUGCUCUUUCUCUACAAUCGGCAAGAACUGAUCCUUUGAAUAGCUUAAUGCGCUUUAUGAUUCAUUCAGGAUUCUUUGCAACACAAAGCCUUGCCGAAAAUCAAGAACAACAAGGUUAUGUACUGACAACAACUUCAAUACUUUUAGUAAAAGCUAAUGCCAACACAAUGUCAUAUGUUGUUCUCUCAAUGAUUGAUCCUUUCAUGGUAUCAUCUUUGCAUUCCUUAAGCACUUGGUUUCAGGGCAGUGAAUCCAAUCCAUUUGUGGCUGCUCACGGUAUGACCUUAUGGAAUAUGUUGGAGCGAAAUCCUGAAUCUGGCAAGAACUUCCAUGAUUCCAUGUUGGAGCAUUCCCGCACCUAG